AUGGGGAAACACACUGGCCCAUCACUGGCACUCUGCUGGUUUCACAUGCCGAGAUUUGGGCUGCCGGAUUUUAGUCGAGGGUCGAUUGACAGUUCGGCAGCUGGUGGCGAGUCUCCUGGGGUGGGUGGUGUGGUAAUAGAGGAAGAUAUUCAGCAUGAGUUGGAGGAAAUGGAGAAAGAAACUGAUAUAGAUGACAUUUUGAGUUAUAGAUCUGUCGCUGAACGGGAACUAGAGGAUUUUUUGGUAAACUCAUCACCGAGGUAUGGGACCAAUUGUGGAAAUAUUGACAAGUCUGAGGGAGAUGAUCGUCCUACUAGUAAGGCACGAAGCUGGUUGAAUUGGUUGUCUUAUGGGAUGCUUGGAGCUGGAGGAACUGAUGAUUCUGAUAGGUUUUCUGGUGUAAUUUCGGAUGAUGUCAUCAAGGAUAUAUACGAGGCAACAAAAUUCAAUCCUGCGACUGUACUAGUUGGAGAUUCUGCUAUGAUGGAUGAAGUUUACUUUUCUUCUCUAAAAAUCAACAUAUCUGAAAUUCGCACCACGUUCUGGAGCAUGGAGCUGGGGUGUUCCAUUGUUGAUUUGAUGCUCACAGGGAUCUACAUUGAGGGUAGGGUCUGGGAGAAAUCUGCAACUAUUAUUGCUUCGGUCAACUCUGCUCAGAUGUUUGAUCCUGUUAACAAUCAAGCUGUUAUGUUUACAAAAAAGGUCAAGUCCUUGGAUGAGGUUCUUGUAAAGGAGGAGCCUUCUCUAAAUAUCAAAGUUGAUCUCUACCCUUCAAGUUCUGAUUUAAGUUCCUCUGUGAAGGUUUUCUGUUGA